UGUACGUUUCUUUGAAUUGUAGCAAGCUUUUAAAAAAAACAAACCUCGGACAGACGCUGCUCGGCCGCCGUAUUACGGAAAGAGCUGGCUAAACGUGACAUUUUUCAAAGGAAAAAGAAGACAAACUUUCAGAGCUAACUUGACCCUAUGCCCAGCAUGUCUCAGGAUCCUGGUGUGGCCUUUCCUCAGAGCACCUCGACAGGGGGUAUGAAGCUGGAGGCUGUAAUGGAGCAGCUCCAGCGCCAGCAGCAGGCCCGACUGGAAAUGGAGCGCAAGGAGAGGAAGCUGCGAGAGGCCCAUAUCAUGUAUGCUCAGCAGGUUGCUGCACAGCAGGCCAUCCUAGCGGCUGCCCGGGCUUCUGGGGCCAGCUUUAUGGGCAAAGGCCUGGCUGGUGGGGUCCCUAGUGCUGUGUUGCCUCCCCGGGUCUCCAAUCAGAGCAGUGUGGACUCAGAAAGAGAGGAUGACGAGGACAGAGGCCGUGAUUCUGGGGAUGAGGACGACGACAAUGAAAUGAUGGAGGGGGACGAGGGAAGUGAUGAGGACGAGGGGAGUGCCAGUGGUCUGGAGUUCCUCCGUAAGCAGACCCUCGCUUUGCAGCAGAGUGCCUCCCGCAUCCAGGCCCGUCCGUUUGGCAGUUACUCUGCGUCAGCCCCCCAGAGGGCUGCAUCCCCACCUAUCAGAGUGAAGCAGGAACCUGAUGAGGGCCUGUCUCCUGCAGGGCCUCACUCUGCUACCUCUCCUAACGGACAGGCCGACUGGGGCUUCGAUGAUCACUUCAGACAGAAUGGGAGUGCAGGCUGGGCGGAUGAGGCUGACAGUAGCAGAGGAAGAGGAGAGGCCUCCAGAGACUUUGCUAAGUUGUAUGAACUGGACAAUGACCCCAAAAGGAAGGAGUUUUUGGAUGACCUCUUCACCUUCAUGCAGAAACGAGGAACCCCAGUCAAUCGUAUCCCCAUCAUGGCCAAGCAGGUCCUGGAUCUGUAUAUGCUGUAUAAACUGGUGACAGAGAAGGGAGGCCUGGUGGAGGUAAUCAACAAGAAGAUCUGGAGAGAAAUCACAAAGGGACUCAAUCUGCCUACCUCCAUCACCAGUGCAGCUUUUACCCUGCGCACACAGUACAUGAAGUACUUGUAUCCGUAUGAGUGCGAGAGGAAAGGCCUCAGCUCCCCAGGUGAGCUCCAGGCUGCCAUCGACAGUAAUCGACGCGAGGGUCGUCGUCCGAGCUACAGCAGCAGCCUCUUCCGCUUUUCUCCCUCUCCCAGCACAGCUCCCCACAUCCUCUCACCUCCCAAGAUGCACCUUUCAGCUCUGGGGGCAGGGGCCUCGGGGGCCCUCAACGGCCUGCAGGCCUCACCAGGACCCUCUCUGAAGAAAGUUCUCUCUCUUCCAGAUGACCUGACCCCCUCCAUCAUGGCAGCAAGACCCUCCAUGGCGCUGGCCCUGGGUCACCAGCAGGUUGCGGGUUUGGCAAGAGCCGCCACUCUGGAGCAGCUGAGGGAAAAGCUGGAGACCAGCGGCGGAGGAGAGGGGCCAGAGAGGAAGAUGGCCCGCCUGGCGGAGGAGCAGCAGCGCCUGAUGCAGCAGGCUUUCCAACACAACCUGCUGGCCAUGGCUUCUCAAAUGCCCAUGAACCUGCGUCUGGGAGCCCCCACCAUCACCACCAGAGAUGAGAAGCAGCAGGAUAUGUCACUGAGCAUCUCAACCAAUGGAAAUGCCAGCAUUACUGUCUCAGUGGAUGUCAAUGGCACACUCUACUCAGGAACCCUGUUUGCUCAGAAGUCUGGUGGGGCCCCGGGGCCUGCUGUAUCUGCUGCUGCUGCUGCUGCUGCCGCCGCCUCAGCCUCCCCUGCUGGAACCAGCACUAGCUUUGGCUUUUCUGCACCCCUGGCUCAGACCCUAAGCCCAGCGUCCUCCUCCUCCUCCUCCUCCAAGGGUCCCGGCUCGGCCGAGCCAACCCCCAGCGGGUCACCCUAACUCAGGCUGCCCUUUGUACCUGCUCCCCAGGCCCCUCUUCCACCGGGAGGCCCAGCAAGAAUAUACAGUACAAUGCGAAACCGAUAAGAAUAACAAACUGUUGCACAACAAAUACCUCAUCAACCCUGUCAACCUCUUGGCUGUCCAAUCAUGAACACAGAGCCUAAGAAUAUUAUAUGACAGCACGUGCUCAAACGCACAGCUAUGCAUUUUAUUCAGUGUGCAAACACAUACACACACUACACUACAAACACACACACACACACACACACACACACACACACACACACACACACAUAUACAUAUACAGACACCCAAUCUACACGUACAUACAUUUGUUAAUCCUAAUGUACAUGCUAAACACAAUCAGCUCAGCCAAAACCCACUGACAGGUGUAGUCACAACUGAACUUGAAAAGUUUUAUCUUAGGACAUUUUGUUUGUUUGUUGCCAUUUUGUCGUCUUUUUGAUUUUGUGUUUUAGAAUGAUUUUGUUUUUAGUUUUUCUCUUUUUACAUACCUCAAAUCAAGUAACCUGCAGUGGUGUCUUUACCUCAGGAGUUGUAGUAUAUUUAACCUGAAUCAACUUUAUUUUUAUAUUCUUUUUGACCUAGUUGCAAUCAGGGGAAGUCAGGUAACUCUCACCAGUGGAACCUCAUGUACAGCACCCACCUCACAGUGACAGGCCUCCAACCCAGGCCGCUCAGGUUUCCUCAGCACACUGUAGACUCUUGCUGAGCUCAGACUGGUGAAUGAUCAGAUGCUGUAGAUCAGCACAUUAAAUACAUAUAACUCCGCCCUCAGCUCAGCAAGUCCAUUAUGUUGGUUGGAAGGUUAACAGUGUACGCAAACCUCCCAAUGUGAACAGGAUUUCACCAAACUGAAAACUUUCAUUAGCAAUGCAUAGGAUUUUCUGUCAACUUUCUGCAGGUCCGCACAAACUGUCUUUAAAAACGUAGCGCACAAAUUUUAGGGAACAGCAACUUUAAUCCACCACAGCAGGCCUAGCAGACCCUGAGCUCGUUUCUCCCCGUCAACGUUACAGAGGGGUCGUACAAAAUCAGGUUUGAGUUUGUUGUCCCAGAUUUUGUUUGUGUAUCCUUCCUCCAGCCACAGCCACAGAGCCAAAUGUCAAUCUGACGGCGGUCAUUGUCAGCGCAUGGUUCUCAGACCUCAUAUUGGCCUCUCUGCUCUGGAGGGCGUCUCUCUCAGGAAGCAUUGUGACAACUGCAAGGAAUCACUGUUAAUUUAAAGAAAAAGAAUGGAUUCAUACCUGAAGAAUUGACAAGUGGACAUGACGGUUCAAGAAUACCUCAUCAGUCUCUCUCAAAAGGAGAGCUACACUACAUACCUCAUACGGCUGCGAAGCCAUCAAGACUUGACGCCACAACCCGUGAUGGAAAUCCUAGCUGAACUGAAACUGACAUGAACGUACUGACACACUGCUGGUGGUUUUUGGGGACAAACAGAACUAGGUUGGGUUUGCUAUCUCUCUCCUUCUGUGUUGACAUGUGUAACUUGUUUUAUGCUUGCUUCCAUUUCCUUUUUUUUUUUUUUUUUUUUGGUUCCUGAAGUUGUUGUCUGAGAAGAGUGAUAUAUCUGCUUUUUUUUUCAGGGAAGAGGAAAAGAAUAGUUCCUCGCUGACAUAUGUAGAUUUGUAGGAUUGUCAGGUUUCACGGUCGCAGGGGUCAAAAAAUGAAAAACAAUCGACCAUUUUAACCUUAAAUUUGACUGCAAACACCUUUUGUUUUUUUCACGACAGCAGCGAAAUGAUAUGCAUGUAUACAAUCAAGUGACCAGUGUUUUAACACCUUAAUCUCCUGGUUCACAUUAGCUUCUGGUUAUUGCACAGCUAGAUACCAAAGACUAGCCAGGUUGCUCCUCUUGAUUGAUCCCUCGUACAAUCCUGCCCACAGCUGCUGUGGUGCACAGCAAGGCAGUUCAAGGUCUGAUUUGGACUGCACAGAAAGUUGCAUCUAAACUCAUUUAAUCUGAUUUUGAGUUUUAUCCUAAAGCAAAUGGAAAAUAUCUUUAGGUGAGGUGAAGUAAUUCCCUUAUUUCACAUUUUAUGGCAUGAUUUAAUUGACUUUAAGUGGAUUUAAAGACUCAAAAUCUGAUUACAUGACAUGUACAGAAAUUUUUGUUAGCAUAUAUUUUAAAUUUUGUUAUCCAGAGCAGUUACCCAGAUGCUGUGGCUUUCCUGUGCUGUCUCCCUAAUUUAAUCCUCUACACUUCUGGGCUCUUGGGGCUAGUUUUUUAACACCCAGUGUGGACAGAGGCCCACAGGUCUGGCCCCUUUUAUUAAAAGACCCACUUCCUGAUAAUCCAGAAACAGUUGGAUUAUCCCUUGAAUUGUAAGGUAUUUUUCUCCCUUUAAAGUUUUAGCAUUUUUGAAAUACCACAAAGGAUGAAAAUGAAUUUUCUAGCUUUAUUUGUGUUGAAUGUGAGGCAUUUAACUGUUUAGAAAUCUCUUAAAGCCCAGUGUGACCUGAGGUGGGCAGCCUUGUUGCUUUUAUUAGACUGUAUUCUAGCCAUUAUUCGUCAGGUUUUGCAGAUGUUUUGCAGUGCAGAUCGCAGUUGAGGGUUUGAGGACGGUACUGGGAGUCCUUUUGGUGUACCCUUCAGAACCCUGUAUGACACAUAACUGUAUUUUAUAAAGGUGAGAACUGUAGAUGCUGCCUUAAAAGUAGUUGCUGGUGAGAUCCGGCCAGUGUGGUUUUCACGUCUCAACUGGCUGGGAAAACGUCUUUCUCUUCGAGCUUAAUCCUUUGGAGAGUAACCAUUUUUUUAUUUUGGUGAACGAUUUAAUCAGACCAUAGACACCAGUUUGUCACAUGCUGUUGGUAACAACUGAGUUUUUGCUAUUUAUUUGUUUUUUGUUUUUGUUUUUGUUUUGUUUUUUGUCCUUGUUUUAGUAACAGUGUAGCUUAAUCUGUUAGGCUGUGUUGCUGAAACAUUUUCUUAUUUCUAAGUCCAGGCUUUCUGUUUCAUCUGCUUAGUCUAAGCAAUGACUGUUAAGUGUAGCUUCACUGCCUGUGUGUGUGUGUGUGUGUGUGUGUGUGUGUGUGUGUGCGUGUGUGCGUGUGUGUGUGCGCGUGUGCGUGGGCGUGAGCAGGUUCAAUACAGUAUGUGGUUGCAGUUUCUACUAUGUGGAGUAUCUCUCCUCCAUACAUGUGUGUAAUACCAUGAGGGAAACUGCAGGUGGCGCCACGGCCACGUUUAUUAUAUCAUACAGGGAGGUGAUGGCUCACACAUGAGUUUUGAUGACAUUUUUUCAGUGGGAACUGCCCAUUACACCCACAGUCAUCUUCUGCUGUCGAAUGGCACUUUGCUGUUCGUUGUUUAGGGAGUUGAAAGUGUUGAGGGUUGGUCAUUCACUUCUCUUCUCUGAUCUCAGCGACCGUCUGGUCGCCUUGCUAACCUCAAGCCUCCUGCCACCUGAUUUGCUGUAUGGAUGAGUAUAUAUGAUGCGUUGUGCCUGUGAGCCUGCAUCUGUGUCUGUGUCUGUGUGUGUGUGUGUGUGCGUGUGCGUGUGCGUGUGCGCGCAUGUGUGUGCAUGCGUGUGGGUGUGUGUGUGCGCAUGUGUGCGUGCGUGCGUGUGUGUGUCUAUUAGAGACCGCCCCUACCUCGUCAUACCACAAUACCUCAGGGCAGUGGGCUGCAGUCACUGUUGCGUCGGAUAUUGAAGCUGCGUUGAGGGACGAGUCCUGACAGAAGCUGUGGUCACUUCGCUGAAUGCAACGGUGGUUUUGGUUUUGCAUUUUUGGAUUUGUGUCAUCAGUAACUGCAGGCGAGGUCUCGUCACUCAGGAAGCUGUGAAGUUGGAAGUCUGCAGAACCUUUUGUCUCUCAGAUGAUUUUGGAGUUAAUUCAGUUUUAAAAUUGUUUAAAAACUAACCUGAUCUGUGUAAAAACAGGCGCAUAUGCAAGUGGUUAUUGAAUACCUCAUUUAUCAAUUUUAUGUUGUUUUUGGCUUGUACAAUGCUCCGUAUAUUAAUUCAACUGUGGGGUUUGUGCAUAUUUUUGUACUGUUAUUAUUAUGGACAUGGUAAUAAUGAUAUUACUGAUAUUAUAGUUUUCUCUUUGAUUAAAGCAAACAAAAAAAAUAGGACAAAACAUAUGGAUGCUUGUAAAAACUGGUUUGUGCUGAUUGUAUUUAAGAGGAGCACUUUUCCAAAGUGGUUUUCACACAUUCAGUUUUGUUCAUAUUAGUAAUAUAAAGAUAUGGUUCUCAGGGCUUUAAACUUGUAUGUCAUGAUAAAGUUUUACUUUAUAUCUUAUGUCUGUCUGUGUGUGUGUUUUAUUUCUUCUUAAAGUGUCAUUGGGCCUCUGAGAGCACCAGACAGGGUGCUCGCAAAUGUGUGAUUGACACCAACUCACCUUUUAAAGCUAUGUGAAACACCCAGAAGCAUUUUCACAUCCUCUAGCGUGGUGAAACCAGCACAUUCAUUUCCACUUUUUGGAAGACAGGUUUCUGUAUCACAGGUUCAGUCAGUUCCCUAACAAGAAAUACAGCCCAUAGGCUCGAUUAUUCGAACAGUCUCUGGUUAUUCCACAAGCACAUCACCUCAGGAUUUUUUAUGAGUCAUCCGAGUUUUGACAGUAAUGGUAUCAACAGUUCACAAAUGAGCUUGAUGUGACAGCCUCCCCGCAAUCACACUGCAAACCAAUGUGUUCGUAGCACAUGUCAGUCAGGAAAUGUCACAAUGGAAGUUGUGUAAAUUUGUCUUCCCAUCAAGCCAUUCUGUAUUUUACCAGCAGUAAUGGUUCUUUCCCAUUUGGAGCCCAGGGGGCAGACUGGAGCCAUUAGUUUUACU